CGCUAAGCGACAAUCAAAACAAAGAGGCCUGGCAGUCUGUCUGUCUGUUCUGGGCCUGCCUCCCUCCUGCCCUCCCUUCUUUCUCCCCUAUUUACUUGUGUGGUCUGUCUGCCGGCAACACAGAUAAUGGGGCGGCAGGCGCCUCCCAGGAUGGUGACCACAGCAGCAGUGAAUCUCGCCCUCGUGGGCGCCCUCGCCGUCCUCACAGCAGCAGGUACGCAAGCCAUACACAGCACGGCCACAAGUGGCAGCGUCGUGGAGGAAACAAACCCAACGGCCGGCCCGGCUUUGUCUCUCUGGGUGUGUGGUGUCCUGCAGGAGCGUUGCCCAGGAACGUGGUGACGUCUGUGUCGUCUCCUGGUUCUGACUGGUGGCAGCGGCUCAAGGACGGCCCUGUGGACUUCAGCCGGCCUUUGGGCUUCACGCGUUUGGAGGUGCCGGUUCGCUCUUUGGACGGGCUCAAGGGGGGCUGGCCGGGCUGUGUGGUGUCCGACUGGCUGGAGGAGUCGGGCGUCUACUGCAAGCAGAGGAUGGACGACUUCUUCCCCAUGACCUACAGAGCCACCAUCGUCGCCGUUGCGGAGGGCGCAAAAUUCUCAGGUGAGGGAGAGGGCACACACACACACACACACACACACGGACACAGAGAUGGACGGGAGAGUGUGGGAAGAGGAGGCGACACGCUUGUGUGGUCGUGUGGUGGUGUUUGGUGUGUGCAGGUUGGGCCAACUACGAGACAGCCGAGCAGAUCGCUGCGGCCCAGGAUGUCGCCGGCAGCACAUACCCCGAGGAGUUCCUCAUCGUUGACGAGGUGGUCGAGCUCGCCGCACCAGGGGAGAAGAAGCCAAACUACGACCACGUAAGCAACCAACCGCCUCUCACCACCCCUAACGGCCACGGCCAGACACACCCUCUCCUCCCGCAUCGCUUUUGCUCUUGUGUGUUCAGGGGUUCUGGCUGAUCCCAAUUAACCCGACUGGCAAGGAGGGCACCCCCACACUGUUCCCGUCCUACUGGCCCGACAACUGGAUGACGCCCCACAACUUCGAGAAGGGAAAUUUUUACAUGCGCUUUGAGGUCCUCGACCAGCCCAGCGAGUCGCCCGUGGCCUUCCAGCUCUGCAUCUGGCAGGGCGGCCUCUGCACCGACUGCGCCGAGGCUUGCAGCCCCGCAGCACCGAACAGCCUCAUCUACGACAGCGGCAGCGACCAGGACGGUAAGCUGACAUGGGGUACCCGCCAGCAACUCGUCUGUGUGCUGCAUGUGCUCCUCGGUGUGUUCAGAUGGUGAGGUGGCCGUGACUGAGAGCGAGAAGUUCGAGGUCCGCCCCAUGGCUGACGGGAAGAAAGAGGAGGUCGACCUCGAGGGCCCACCACCCCCGGCACACGCACACCAGAACGGCCAGGAGGGCAAGCAGCAGCAGCAGCAGCACCAGCCGCCCAAGGCACAGGAACAGAAGCAGCAGCAGAAUGGCCAGCCCCCCAAGAAGCAAGACGGACAGCCACCCAAGGCCCAGAAGCAGCAGCAGCAGAAGGGUCAGGGUCAGGGUCACGGAGAGGGUCAGGGUCAGCAGCAGCCACCCAAGGCCAAGGAGCAGGCCCAGCAGAAAACGUCACAGCAGCCGGCGGCAACAGCCCAGGCAGUGGCCAUGGCGAAGGCAAAGGAGAAUGGCGAGGCCCCCAAGGCUCAAAAGCAGCAGGAGCAGAAGCCCCCCAAGGCUCAGAAGCAGCAAGACUGGCAGCAGGAUGGUCAGCAGGACUGGCAGCAGGAUGGCCAGCAGCAGGGUCAGCAGGACUGGCAGCAGCCCGCCCCCGCCCCCGCCGCGCCAGCACCUGGACCGGAGCAGCAGCCCCAGCAGGACGGCCAGCAGCAGGACUGGCAGCAACAGGACUGGCAGCAGCCCCCCCAGCAGUGGCCACAGCAAGACGGACAGCCAGAGGAUGGUGCUGGUGCCCCGCCUCCCCUCUCCGAGGUGGCGGGCAUCGUCCAGCAGGCGCCCAACUCUCACAUCGUCACUGGGGUGUCCGUGCCGUCCAAGGAGUUCUGGAACAAGCCCGGCAAGGCGUUCGACUGGGCGGCCGCACCCAAGUCGGUCUUCCGCUUCGAGACCAAGACCUUCGCCUUCGACUCACUUGACGGCCUGACCAAGGGGGAGGGGUGCAUCGUGAGCAACAUCGACGAGGGCGACAUCUUCUGCCCUGAGGAGGUGCUGGACGACUUCCUGCCGAUCACAUACAGGGCGAGCAUUGUGGCUGUGGCGCGGGAUGAGGAGUUCUCUGGGUGGGUCAACUACAUGGACAACAAGACGCUCGCUGCGGCGCGGAACAAGACGGGCAACAGCGGUGAGUUCCUGCUGCUCGACGAGACAGUGGAGGUGCCCAAGGGAAAGACCGACAAGGACUACAUGAAGGUGCAGCACGGUAAGUGACACCAGAGAGAGAGAGAGAGAGAGGGAGGGAUAGAAUGUGCGUCUAUCGGUCGCCUUUCGUCUCCGUGUGUGAUCAGGUUUCUGGUUCCACCACAUCGGUGAGGCGGAGGGCGGCGACGGCACCCCCAAGUACUGGCCUUCCAACUGGACAGCCCCGUACGACUACUUCAACGGCCGGUUCCACAUGCGGUUUGAGGUCCUGGACAUGCCGUCCAAGAAGCCCGUGGCCUUCCAGACCUGCCUGGCCGAGUGCGGUGACCUCGACUGCCCACAGGUCUGCACCGUCGCCCACCACGCCGUGGCCAACAUCGACCGAUGUACGUCUGACAGACUGACAGACUGACUGACAGACAGAGAGACAGACAGACAGAGGGGAGACGUCAUGCCUAUGGUCUCUGUUGUUGUGUGUGUGUGUGGUCAGAUGCAACGGAGCCUGAAGUUGACACGCCAUACGUGGUGAGACACGCUAUCAAUAUGACCACUCAAACGCUCUCAAUGCACCACCCCACCCACCAUCCUCUCUGUCCUGUCCUGCCUUGUCCGCUCUCUCUCUCUCAGGAGGCCCUCAACAAGAUGACGGAUGCCGAGAAGGCCGACGAGCGGUUCCCCAAGAACGCCGUGGUGCUCCCCAUCAAACUCGCCGACUUCGACGCACCAUUCACCCUCUACCCGGAGGCCAUCGACCGGUUCCUCAUCCGGCUGCGCCUCGCCGACCCCGAGGACGAUUCAUUCGGCUGCGCCAUGGCCGCGGCGAGCAGGGGCGGCAUCAGUGCAUGCAGCAACGCCACGCUCUUCAACGAGACCUUCCCCUUGUAUGUGCGGGCCACGGCGGUCGCCAUCGCCGAGGGUGAGGAGUUCUCUGGCUGGAACAAGUACUACGGCAAGGACAACAUGCGCCAGAAGCAGAGCGCUGAGGCGGGCGACAAAGCCACCGAGUUCCUGCUGUUCGACGAGAAGGCCGAGAUCAUCGAGGACGGCAUGAAUCUCGACCAGGGCGCCUUCUUCAUCGACACCAAGGCCUUCCCCACGCCCCAAUUCUGGCCGAAGGACUGGAAGGCCUACAGGGACGGGCAGAUCCUGCUCAAGGUCGAGCUCAUGGCCGAGCCGGAGAACAAGAUCCCAAUGGCCUUUGAGAUGUGCAUCGAGCAGGAGGGCAAGAAAGCCUGCGCACCGUACGGCGAGACCAUCAUCAACUACGGCGAAUGGACCAGCCGUGAGCACCGAGCCUCCCCCCUCUCACACGCACAGAUAGAAACCCAGAGAGAGCGUUCUUUGUGUUGUGUGUUUGUUCAGGCACCAAGAAGGUCGUGCCCCCAGCGGCUCCCGCGUCUCUGCUGUCGGUGCUGCGUGAGGAGGGCAACGCAUUGGGUGCGAGCAAGAUCACCGAGCUGAUCCACGAGGCAGGGCUGGACGGCAUGCUGGCGUCGCUGGGCCACAAGGUAACCUUCUUCGCCCCGUCGGACGAGGCUCUCGCGAAGCUCGACGAGACGACCAUCCAGAUGAUCGCCAAACAGCCCGACGCACUCAAGAGGGUAGGUUGUGCAGACAAACACACACACUCAUAAAUCACACACAUCCAUCCAUCCAUCUGUGGCUGUCCUUCCCCAACACAGUUCCUGUUUUACCACAUCGUGCCGGGCACCCUUGACCUGAGCAAGGCCCUGACAGCCCUGGGCGACUCCUCGGUGCUGGAGCAGCCCUCCCUCAGUGUGGGCACACUGGUGUUCGACAAGUCGCCGGAUGGCUUCCAUGUCAGCCCUGUGGUCACCUCCAGGGAAGGCACCUCGGGCAAGGUCGACCGAGUCCUGGGCAAGGCGGCUGCUGUGGAGGGUGAGCCCCUAAAAGCCGAGAACGGUCUGGUCUACGUUAUCGACACACCCAUGCUGCCGCCGGAGCAGACGGCCGAGCGUGAGCAGAGACACAUGGCAGGGCGUGGCGUGGGUGGAGGACAGGACGGGAUGUGUGUGUGUGUGUGUGUAGGUGAGUGUUCGUUCGGCGCUGACGACUCUUUUGCGGUGUUCGACUGCUUCACUGAGGGCCUGGCGUCUGAGGAGGAGUGUACGGCCAGAGGGUGCUGCUUCGACGCCGAGAAGGAAGUCAAGUGCUUCGCCGCCAAGGGAUCAGGUGCGUACCUACUCGCCUAUACCACACCACACCACACCACACAGUCAAGUACCCAAUGCCUGUCUGUGUGGUUGUGGUAUUGUGUCCAUGCCAUCCAUGUGUGCAGCCAUCCCCCAGAAGCUGGCGUCGUCGCUCACGCCCCUGUCUGCCGCCAUCCUGGAGCAGCCCCGUGUGGCGGCCUUCUCGGCAUUCGAGCUCGCAGAGCUCGAGACCACACCAGCAGCUGAGGAGGAGGUGAGCGCCGUCGCACAGCAGACAGACAGACAGACACACAGACAGACAUGUACCCUCUCUGCGUGUGUGGGUGGUGUCGCCCAUCCAGACUACUGCUGCGCCGGAGGCGACAGACGCGACGAGCGCGCCGCCUCUCGAGGACGAUGACCUGCUGAUUGAGGAUGAGGUCGUCUUCCAGAUCAGAAUGCUCGACUACAACUAUGACGACAUCAUGAAGGCAAGUCUCAACUCUAAACAACUUUCAACCCACUUGCUUCAGCGAUGCUUUUGGUUGGUUUGUUUCUGUGUGUCUCUUUCGUGUGUGUGCAGGGUGGCUUCCCAGCUGUCCGUGCGAUGACCAACCUGGUGCAGAAGGCUGUGGGCGGCGCCAUGGGCGUCGCGCCAGAGGCGAUUGAGAUCAUCAAACUGGCAAGGGGGUCCGUCAUCGCUAUAUUCAGGUACCCUACCCUCACACACCACCCAUCACUCUCCCCCCUCCCCCCCUCACCACCGCACCGUUUCCCUCCCUCUCCCUCUCAGGAUCAAUGACGAGGCCAUCACGUCUCGAUACGGCGAGAUGGAUUCGUUCGUGUCGGCCUACACCGACCAGGUCAAGCGCAGCAGCAGCACCCUCCACAGGCUCCUCAACAUCGACGACAGCUUCCCCCCCACCAUCGCCCUGUCAGAGGUGGAGACCACCGAUCCAGAGGUUGAGGAGCCCUCUGCGGCCGGUGGCGGCGCCCAGCCGCCCCCUAACAAGGUCCGCGGCGCCGAGGAGGUGCAGAUCCCUGAAAGCAAGGAGGAUGCAUCUACCACUGGCGCAUUGCCGGCGUGGUUCUGGGUGGUGAUUGUGCUGGCCUUGGUGCUGGCCGUGGGUGUGGCGGUUGGGGCGUGGCUGCUGCUGAGGCGGCGGAAGGGCGGCAAGGAGGAGCCUGCCCCGGAGCUGCCCACCGCCCAGAGGAUCACCGUCACUACCACACAGGCCGAUGCGACGGACUUGUGAGUGAGUGAGUGGGGGUCCAUCGAUCCAUCUAUCCAUGGAUCCAUGGAUGAGUGAAUGCAUGCAAUGCUGGUUUGCUUUUGAUGGGGCGGGGCGAGGGAGGGUGGGAUGCUAUGCUGGCUAGCUGCGAUUUUCUCGAUUGUACACAGGAAGUUCAUAUCAUGCCCUUAAUUGUCCACCCCCCACCCACCAUUUGUUCUGCCUGCCUGCCUGCAUUUUUCCUCUUAAGACAAGCUAAGCUAGGCCCACACCACACCACACUACACUACACCACACGUGGCCCUCUCUCUCUCUCUGGCUCUUUCUCCUGCCUGCUUCCGUGCAUGCCUGUUUCUUUUGCUGACUGGCUGGCUGGCCGGUUACCGGGCGAAGCUGCAGCCCGGUGGGUGAGUCGGGGUGGGGGGGUUGAGUGAGCGUAACAAGUACCUUAAAGGGACACACGGGAUUGGGGACCGACCGACCAUACACACACAUCGCACUCCUAUCGCAUCGCGUCGCACACUGACUGGCUGGUGUUAUAAGAGCCACCCACGCUAUCUGGUGAAGACCUUUCUCGCUCUUAAUCAUCUCCCACAUGGAUGCACACAUAGCUACUCCGGUAGACCGACCGACAGGCUCAUUUGUCAUUUGCAUAACAAUGCCGCGAUGCCAUCCAUCGACCGGGGGGAGGGAAG